AUGGCAGAAGCAAAUGGAUCCACGUGUACCUUCCAUCGGAUAGUUACCUUCACCGUGCUGAUGGUGCUGCUAACGCUUGCCCGAUUACCAACGGUGAACAGCUUCUGCCCUUCGCUCUGCACCUGCGAAAGUGAUCGCAAUCUACGGACGUCCUGCAUAAACGCAUCGCUCGAGGUGGUACCGAUACAGCUCAAUCCGGACGUGCGGUACCUUAACCUUACCGCCAACCAGAUCACCAACGUACACUUUACGCUGGCCUUCUACUAUCAGCUAGAGUCGCUCGAUCUGUCCCACAACCGGAUCGACUCGCUCGGUUCGAAAAACUUCGAAUCGCAGGAAAAGCUGCUGGCGCUCAACCUAAGCCAUAAUGUGUUGCAGAGUCUGCUUAAGGACAGCUUCCGAGGGUUGAAACGGCUUGAGCUGUUGCGGCUCGGUGACAAUCAGCUGGAGCAGAUCCAUCCGACCGCCUUUCAGGCGCUAACCUCCCUAAGAAGGCUCGAGCUGAUGAAUAACCGGCUGGUGAGCUUCGAGGAUGGUGUGUUAAGGCCACUGGUGGCACUGGAAACGCUGCUGCUAACCAACAACCAGCUGCUCGAGGUACCGUACGAGGGCAAUCUGGAGUAUGGGCGGUCACUGCGCCAUCUCGACCUGUCCACCAAUCUGAUCGAGUACGUCGCAAACGAUAGCUUCGGCGCCCUGCACGAGCUGCGCACACUCCGGCUGGCCGGGAACGUGCUGAUGGAGCUCGACUGGAGCGCUUUCAGCGGUUUAAACGCCCUGCAGCUUCUCGACCUGGCGGAUAACAAUCUAACGACCAUCCCAACGGUGCAACUGUCGAAGCUGUACAAUCUGACCACGCUGACACUGAGCGGUAACUCGUUCGUGGAGCUACCGGCGGUUGCCUUUCAGAAUCUGUUUCAGCUGCGUGAGCUGCAUCUGGACCGGUUGGAUCGAUUGGAGCACAUCGAUACGAGAGCGUUUAUCGACAACACACACCUGCAGGUGUUGACGCUCGACGACAAUCCUUCAUUUUCGGCCCUUCCUGUGCGCCUGUUUCACGGCAACCCGCAUCUGAUUGACAUUUCCAUGCGGCGCAACGCGCUCCUAACGCUGGAUGCCGUCCAGUUUCCGCUCGAUCGCCUGCAGCGCUUGAAGCUGGCCGGAAAUCCGCUCGUGUGCAACUGCACCAUUCGCUGGCUGUGGCGACUAGUGACCGGUACGCUUGAUGACGACGAUGGCGACGAUCCGGACGGUGUUGCCUUCCUGGGGAAAUCGUUAGCCGAUCAUUCGAACAUAACGACCGUGUUGCUGAUCGAUAAGGAUGAGAUCGGAUGUGAUCUGAACGAGGACGGACUAGUGACGCGUCGCACGCUUCGCAACAUGUCCGAAGGUGAUAUAAACUGUCCCGCCCAUCUCGUGACAGUGCUGAGCAUACUUCUCAGCUUGAUACUGUUAGCUCUCGGAGCUGGCGCGGCAAUCGUCUACAGACGGAAGUCUCGCGAGCGCAAAAAGAUUUUACAGGAGCGCAAGAACGUGCACGAGCGUAUCGUGCCGCAGAAGGUGGACAAGUUGGAGCUGGAGCGUUACCUUGCACAUCAGGUCCUGUCGAAUGAUUACCGUGAGCUGAGGCCUGCCUGUGAUCUUCCCGUGCGGUACGAUCUGAAGUACCCGGAUCAGACGGCACACCAGCUGGGAGGUGGUCUCGAUGUGGAUCCCGACUCUGACCACUACGAGAACAUAGACUACCUCCAGCAUCAGCGUGUCCUGGGCAAUGUCUCCACACCGCACGCGUCCGCACAUUCGAUCAUUACGAAUCCUUUCCACCAUCAACCCCCGAGCCAGUACCACUUCGGGCAAGGCCAUCCUCAGGUACAGCCCCAACUGCAUCCUGCUUCCUACUCACACCAACCACAUCAAAGUCCACCCCAUCAUCACCAUCACCAUCAACGUCCUCCGGCACCAGCGAUGACGAUGCAGCAUCCGCACAAGUACCCGCACCAGCACCAAACGGCAGGUCCUCUGCCGGGGGCUGCCAACAACAGUAACACCUUGCCAGUGCCUCCAGCGCAGCGUAGCGUCAACAACUACUCGCCCAACUUCUUCAUCUACGUCCUGUACUCACACUUCAUUCUGCUCCUGCUAGCGUUAUGA